AUGAAGCGGAGCCAUCUCUUCUCCUGGGCCAUUGUGCUUGUUGCCUCUGGCCGCCUGCUGGCCCAUCCCAUCACAGAAUCUGCUGAAAUACCUUAUUCAGUACCUGCAUCAGUGGAGGAUCGAGUUAUCGGCACGUUGGAUGACGACUCUCUUCCUGAGCAAACGUAUUCCAGUUUUUUAUCCGGGGAACUUACCAGAGAUGGUAUCAGGACGAGUCUGCUGCCAAGAGGUCUCAAAAGAGAGGUCUUACUGGACAAACAAAGUCUUUUGAAACCUUACAGCCAUCUGCUGAGCAUCCGGAAGCAGCUCAGGAAGAGAAAUGGAAAUUCUGAGUGUUUCUGGAAGUACUGUGUCUAG